AUGAGGGCUGCGCUCCUGGUGCUGCUCUUCUGGGCUGUAGCUUCUGCUCACCCUGUGCCCGGCCCUGAGCCUGCCCACCCCCACCACGGUGCCGAGCGGGAGGACACAGCCACUGAAGAUGACAGCAACAAGCUGGGUGACCUCCUGGGUGCUGGAGGUGGCAGACAUUCCCCUGCCAGUGCAGGCAGAGGGGACAACUCCCUGGUCAGAGAGCCAGUGAGCGGGAAUGCCGUGGGCGAGGAGCUGGCUGAGCACGGUGGCCACAGCCAGGGAGGCAGAGCUGGGGAGGCUCAGCACCUGAACCAGGUGGACCACGGGGAUGCAAGUGCCUGGGAUGGGAACAGCCUUGGUUUCCUGGAGGAGGAUGCCCGCGACACCGACGAUGGUGACCACAGAGGGCACCAUGGCCCUGCGCUCAGCUCGCUUCCCUCCCAUGCCGGGGGCUUCCCGGAGGAGGAGGAUGAAAGUGGCGAUGACAGCUUCGAUCAGAACGGGGAGGAGGAGAGGGGAGAAGGUCCGACUUACGCUGCUGGGGCCGACGGGGAAGGUGGCCACGGCGCUGGCCACGGGGCCGGUGGGGGACGCGGCGACAGCAGCAGCAGCAGCAGCAGCGAAAGCGCCGGGGAGGACCACUGGAGGUACAGGAGCUACCUCGGCAGCCGCUACAGGCAGGGAGGGCACAGCAGCAGCAGCCAGCAGGAGGAGGAGGACGAGGAAAGCUACGACUUCGGGGACGAAGCCAUGCAGGGGGAUGACCCUUCCGUCUUCGACGGCCUGGGCGGCAGUUACAGAGGGCACCGCGCCGGCCCCCGUGCCCUGGGGGGCAGCCGAGAGAGUGGCCAGGGAGCUGGCUCACACCGCUGGGAGGAGGGGGACAGCAGGUCCCCGGAGCUGGAGGAGGCUGACUCGGCGGAGGACAGCCCCUCCGUGGAGGACAGCAGCGACUCGCAGGAGCCUGACGCCAGCCCGUCGGAGGAAAACAGCCCCAGCCGCUCCGAGGAGGAUGAGGAUGGGGAGGACAGCCCCUCCAGGGAGAGUGAGGACAGCGAGUCCAGGGAGGACAGCGCCGAGCAGGCCGAUGAGCAGCUCCAGGAGUCCCCAGAGGACAUCUCCCAGGAGACGCUGAGCAGGUCCGAGGAGCACAGGGACAGCCGGGACCUGGAGGAGCAGCAGGACCAGGAGUCCGCAGAGGACAGGAGUCAGCCCUCCGCCCCCGACAGCGAGUCUGAGGAAGAAGAGGGAAACCAGAGCAAGUCCAGGGAAGAUGCCAGCGAGCAGAGCCAGUCGGCGGAGGACACUGCGGAGGAGUCAGAGGAGGAGGAGAAUGACUCUGCCCCCGACGGGGACACGCCGAGCGCCUCGGCCGAGAGCCGCAGCUCAUCCCUGCAGGAGGAUGGCAGCCAGGAGGACAACACAGGGGAGGACAGCAGCUCCACAGAGAGCAACAGCGACUCCCAGCAGGGCGACGAUGACGACGAGGAGGAGGAGAGCCGCUCCCAGGAGGAGGCCAGCAGCAGCCGCGGCGAUGCCAGCUCGCCGCAGAGCCUGGAGAGCAGCAGCCGGCGGAGGCGGCCGGGCGCCUACCGCCACAAGCCUGCCGCCGACUACGACGACAACGACUGCCAGGACGGCUACUGAGCUGUGCCCGCAGCCCCGCGGGCGC